CUCGUAGGAGGCGUGGCUUAUCCGUGCGAGGAAGACGGGGACUACGCUUGCGCAGCCUGCUGGGACUCAGGCGCAUGCGCCUAUUGAUAAACGAAGGUCUCAAGAUGAACCCACUGACCAAGGUGAAGCUUAUCAACGAACUGAAUGAACGUGAGGCACAGCUGGGUGUCCAGGAUAAAGUCUCUUGGCAUGCAGAGUACAGUGACAGCGCCUGGAUAUUUGUGGGAGGCCUGCCCUAUGAGCUGACGGAGGGUGACAUUAUCUGUGUAUUUUCACAAUACGGGGAAAUUGUGAAUAUAAACCUGGUCCGUGACAAGAAGACUGGUAAAUCCAAAGGUUUUUGCUUCAUUUGCUAUGAAGACCAGCGAAGCACCAUUCUUGCAGUUGAUAAUUUCAAUGGGAUUAAGAUAAAGGGAAGGACUAUCCGUGUGGACCAUGUAGCUAACUAUCGCCCACCAAAAGACUCUGAGGACAUUGAUGAAGUUACAAAAACACUCCGGGAAAAAGGAUGUGGUUUGAAAACUCCUCCUCCAAGUUCAUCUGAAUCUUCUGAAGAUAAUGAGGUGGAGGUGAAGAAGCAUAAAAAGGAGAAACGUAAGAAGAAAAAGAAAGAAAAGAGAGAGCAUCAGAAAUGCAUAAAAGUUGAACCACUUACAGAGGCACCACCUUCUAAAACCAAGAUCAAAGUAGAAAAGGAUGACCCAGGCUAUGAGCGGUAUGCGAGCGCAAGUCAGACAGCCUGGAGCAGCACAUCUGGGCACAAACAGGCAAGCUGGAGGCACCAAGACCCCGAGCCCAAGCAUGCGCAUGUGACGGAGAGGUUUCGAGAAGGGGGUCCAGAGAGGGCAAGGCAAGAACUAAGAACAUCACGCAGCGAGGAGAAGCACAAGAAGGCAGAUUCUUCUAAAGAGAGGAUCCACGAAGCUGAAAGCAGAAAGUCACGGGACCAGCGGGAGACGAGAGACAAGCCUUCCUGGGAGAAGUCGUCCUCCAGCCGCUACUAAGCUGCCUGGCCUAUUCCACCCUUAUAAAUGAAAACAGACACAAAGAACAUGGUGGCCUUAAUUGCCAGACCCCCAACAUUAGAGGUGCCCCAGCAGACCCACCAGGAAUCUUGGGGGGCAGGAGCACAUGGUUGGUCUUCUGGAAAGAGGAGCGGAAGGAGCAGAGCCAAAUAUUAAGGUGCUGAAAAGCUUGCUUUCAUCUUGUCGGGAGGUUUUUUUAACAGAAAAGAGCGCUUAUAGAUGAAUGCUUGCCUUCAAGGCUAGAGACAAUAAAUCUAAUUUGAAGUGUCA